ACUACUUUACUUUUAAAAAAAGUACAUUUUAUUAUUUCUUCGAAAUACUUUAUAAAUAUCUUGGUAGCUUUCUCAUAGUUACAACCACACCAUUCAUUGGCAAUGUCCUCUUGAAUUAUACAAUCAUUGAGAGAAAUAUGACAUUCCUACUAAAUUACUACAAAAUAAUAGAUGUGUUUAGCAUUGGAGAAAUCCUUUUGGCUGUUUUUAUUUUCAUUGCAAUUCAUUAUUGGAGAAUCAAUAGAAACACACCUAUGACAAUAUGGCCUAUCAUGGGAAUGCUACCUAGUUUGAUACACAAUGUAUCCAACUUCCCCGAUUAUAUAAACUCACUUUUGCAACAAAAUGGAGGAACUAUCAUUUUUGAAGGACCAUGGUUAACAAAAAUGAAGAUUGUUUUCACAAGUGACUCCAUGAAUGUGCAACAUAUUACAAGCACAAAAUUUGAAAACUACGGAAAAGGAAACGAUUUCGAAGAAAUUUUUGAAGUCCUUGGAGAUGGAAUUUUCAGGUCUGAUUUCCACAUUUGGAAGUACAAUAGAACACUACUUCAUUCAAUUUUCAAGCAGGAAAAUUUUCAGGUAUUUCUUCAGAAAACCAUUGAAAAAAAAAUCUUUAGUAGUCUUCUUGUGUUUCUUGAUCAUGCUUGUAAAAAUGGGUUGCAAGUGGAUUUGCAAGAUAUAUUUCAUAGGUUAACCUUUGACAAUAUAUGUUCUAUAGUUUUAGGAUCUGAUCCUCUUUGUCUUUCUAUUGAUCUCCCUGAAAUUGAAUGUGAGAGAGCCUUUACUUAUGCAGACAACACAUUCUUCCUUAGACAUGUAAAGCCUAAAUUCUUUUGGAAGCUGCAAAAAUGGCUUCAAAUUGGUGAUGAGAAAAAGUUUACAGAGAAUCGGAAAAUUGUUGAUCAAUGGUUGUAUUCAAAAAUCAAAUCCAAAAAAGAAAUGCAAGGAGAACAACAAUUUGAUUUGGUAAGUAUCAUUUUGAGACAAAGUAUAGGAGAUGGAAAAAAUCCAAUAGAUGACGAGAAUAAGUUUCUAAGAGACACAUCGAUUAAUCUACUUGCGGCUGGAAGAGACACUAUUGGUUCUGCUCUUACUUGGUUUUUCUGGUUGGUGGCAACACACCCUAUUGUUGAAGCUAAGAUUCUUGAAGAGAUCAAAGAAAAUUUACCAUCAAGAAAGGAUAAUUGGAAAUAUUUAGGAGUGGAAGUGCUUAACAAGUUAACUUAUCUACAUGGAACUAUAUGUGAAGUCUUAAGGCUUUAUCCACCAUUGCCUUUUGAGCAUAAAUCAUCAUUGAAAUCUGAUGUACUUCCUAGUGGACAUAAGAUUAAAUCAAAUACAAAGAUAUUGUAUUCUCUAUACUCAGUUGGAAGAAUGGAGAAGCUAUGGGGAGAAGAUUGCUUGGAAUUCAAGCCAGAGAGGUGGAUUUCUAAGAAAGGAGGGAUAAUUCAAGUACCCUCUUAUAAGUUCAUUGCUUUUAAUGCCGGACCAAGGACUUGUUUGGGUAAGGAUAUAAGUUUUAUUGAGAUUAAAAUGAUUGCUGCAUCAAUAUUGAUGAAUUAUCAGAUUCAAGUGGUGGAAGAUCAUCCUAUAAUUCCAAGUAUUUCUGUUAUCCUACACAUGAGACAUGGUUUGAAGGUUAAUGUGAAAAAAAGAAGCAUUUGAUGAUAAGGGAGAUUUUAUUAAAUAAUUGAACUAUGUUCAAAUAUUGCUAAAUGUAAUGUUUAUUUAAAUUUGAAUCCUUACAUGUACAAUAUGUUUAGUUGUGCUUGUUUGUUUUUCCAAUCCUAGAGUAUAAAUAUGUUAUAUUAUGAGUGUUACUUUGGAUUGUAAUUAUCAUUUGAUAGUAUUAAUGUUUGUUUUAAGGUUA